UUACGAUUAUUGUCUAUUUGAUUGUCUAUGACCAGUUGCAUGAACGUAUCUUCCCGUUUCCGUGUUUAAUUAUAACGCAUUUAUUAAUACAUUUAUAUAAUACAUUUUUAAACUUUUAAUCGAGAAUCAAGCAUAAAAAAGACCAUUCAGUUCAAAUUCAGUUUGUAUCCGCGUGCGUAAAUCAUAAACAAUUUACGCAAAUGUGACGUAUCUAGGAGUGUUGACCAAUUCUGGUAUUAUCUGUGCCAGCAACCAUAGACAGAGUAGAUCUACCAAAGUGACAGAAAUACGUACAGCAAAUGUAAGAAGUCGAAAAAGAAAAUAUUAGUGCGAUAAUGGCCGCUUCGGGAGGAAAUAUCGAGUGGUCUACUACAGUUAAACCAAUAUUAACAGCUUUGUACGGCCCAUUUUUCGACAAAAAUGAUGUUGCAGAGAUAAUACAAUCGAUCCUCAAAAGUGAAACCGACUUUCAGACCCAUGCUGAAAGAUACGAUCUCUUCUACACAUGUUUCGCGUGCCUAUCAGCGCAUUUUAUCACAGUCAACGCUUCAAACUUGUCGCCCGACCAGCUAGGGCCAGCACGCGACGCGUUCCGCGUGAUCCUACGACAGAUCCUCAAGAAACUCUCCGAGGCCGGACUCAGCUAUGAGGACUCUACCACUACCGCUGCCACGAAUGUGUCAGUUAAGCAGCUCCUUCUCCCUAUCGUGGGUCUAUGCGGUAUCGAAGGGGGCGGCUACCCCCAACUGGACCUGGUCAUCCUCACGUCGCUCCUCAAGAGCGCCAAACUGCCCGCUCACGUCAUCAUACCUGACGCUGCCACGACAUCAACAACACCACCGAUCGCGGCCGAAAAGCAGGCCGUGUCCAACACCCAGCGCCGCUCCGACGCGCUCCUAGAGCAGCUGACCGAGCCACUGAAGAGCGCUGGCUCGGCGCUGGCGCCGCUCGCGCCCGGCAGCGAUGAGGACAGCGAGAGUGCCCAGCCACAAGCUGAUGUCAAGAAAUGGGUUUCCACCACAGCCGCAUCACUCCUGAUGGAACUUAGAGCCGGCUCAGUGAUUCUCAAAGUCUGCUCAGCUCUGCCGUGCCUACAACGGUAUCUGAGCCGCUGGGAAACCGCCAAGGAGAUGAUGGCCUCUCCACAGUUCAACUCUGACGCGUCACUGCAACACUUCCUCGUGAACGAAGUGCUGGUGUGUCGCCUCGCGCUCUCUUUGCCUUGCCUCGAACCAUUCACCGCCGAACGUAUAUCGACGCUCAGCGACGUUAGCACCGCUUGGCUGCUCUGCGCUACUGCCCAGGCAUCCUUGCACCCGAAGGACGAAGAGAGUGAACAGCAAACAGCGAGCCUGGUCGAAAGCGCGCUCAGUUUAUAUCAUACAGUUGGAGAGACUUUCCGGGAGAGCACCAGAGCGGGAGGCUAUGUCUACCAAAAUCAUCUAAUGAUCGGCGGCUGGGUGCUCCUCUGCGGGCUGCAUCACGCGCUGGCCGGCGCGCCUAUGGUCACCUCCACGCCCGGCAAGAGCCCGGCUAAAACACAGUCGCGGCCAUACAAUUUAACCAAAAUGCAGCAAGGCCUCGGCGCAGUGUGGGUGGCGCUCGGCGGCCGUUGCCUCGCGUGGCUCGGCGCGCUGCUGUCCGACGCGCGCCUCGAGGCGCUCAGCGGCGGCACAACGGGCACUAGCGCCCCGGCGCCGCUCGCGAUCCUCGGACAGCACACGGCGCACGAGAGGGAGCUGCGCCUCACCAGCGCCGCGCCCGUACACCAGCUCCUCGUCGCUCUCGGCGUCGUGUGCUACCGCAAAGCGACUAACCUCAAGCGGACUGUGGCUCAGAAACAAAACGCGGACGCCGACCCGGACCGGUCGGAUUCUACAGUUUACUUCCAGGACAUGACCAUGUGCUCUGAAGAUUCGGAGACUGACGAUGACAGCGAGCUUCUAUUCGGCCUCUGGUUCGAGUCUACCCUUGCCGCCGCCAACGCCACAGAGAGUACGAGCAUUGCCCGUACCGGUGGUGCCGAAGGGUCCGACGCCGCGGAGCAACCUUCGAGGCCUCACCAGGCACUCGUGCCGGACAAAUCGGAGCCUUAUUCUUACAUCCGACUGGCGACUGAAGUGUUCACGCUACUCACGGAGGAGAUCAUCAGCCCGGGCUCGGAGCGGCUCGGACAGAACGCGUUGCAACUGCACGACGCGCACCAGGCGCUGCUCGCCGCGCUGGCCAAGGACCUGGACCGGGAGACGGCGCGCACUGACACAGGCACAAUAUCCUCCUGCUUCGGCCCCCGCAUCUGCGCACUGUACGCAUCCUUCAGCUCCGCGCUAGUCCGGUACUUGCACAACCUGAUCAGCGCGCCUGGCUUCGCGUCGCUCCAGCCGGCGCUGCAACAGCAGCUGACGUGCGGCGCCGAGCGCGGCAACAGCACGCCGCUGCAGGUCGGCCCGCGAGUCGUGAAGCUUAUCGGCGGCAUGGUGCUAGCCAAGCCGGCGGUAGAAAGAGAGAACAGCAUCCUCGCGAUGUGGCACAGGAUCGUAAAUACGCUGCAGGAGUUCGCGCUGCACCCGUUGCCAUCACAGGACCACGACUAUGAAGAUUUGAACGUGGAACACGCGCAGCUACUGGUCUACCUAUUCCAUUCGCUAACAUUGAUGCAGAAAAAGUCUGUGCUCCUUAUGACAUCAAACGCUAUAAUCAAAGUCGUAGAAACGCUGGCCAUAAGUGACAGGAAGCGAGCGAUGAUGCUGGCUCCACACCAGCUCAUCUUGACCACGAGAUUGAUGCUGCUGCUGGAGUACCUUAUGAGGCAUCUAUAUGAUGCCCCGCAGACGUUAUUGCAACAGAUCGAAUGGAACCUCGUAAUAGCAACAGGGCUCGUCCAGCCGCCCACCGACUCCGCCAACGCCGCCAAAACCACAGAGAGUGGUCAGAUGAAGACACGCAUCUACUGCGAGGUGCCUAACAUUGAGACCGCGUACCGACGGAUCUCGCAGAGCGAGUCCUCUAUGAGACCCAAGUUUUAUGCGCUGACCAACUCGGAGAUUAAUAAUCAGGAGAAUCCGAAAUUCGACGGUCUAGCAUGCAACUUCGUGCUCGGCACGCCGCACAAGCUGAAAUACCCGCUGCUACUGGACGCUCUGCUCGCGCUGCUCAACUCCGCUUGCGUGUGCGACAACCCCGCGUCGUUGUCGUGCCCGGUCGCGCUCGCGGCUGCGCACUACUGCUUCCAGACUGCGUGGAGGCUCGUCGUGAGCAUGCCACCAGCGACACCCCACAUGGACAAGCUCCAAGCGGGCACUCAGGCCGACCUGCCCUCGCCGUUGCCGCUCCACGCCAUCAUCUGGGCCCCAAGAGCGGAUAACAAGAAGGUGUUCAAUCCCUGGCUGAAGGACGCGCUGGUCAAACAGGGCAUGUAUACUCAGUAUGCGGAAAAUUUGCUCGCUGGAGUGAGUACGUCGUGCGACAACAUGAAAUACCACCUCUGGCUCGCCGGUGAAACUAUCAAGCAUCUCAAAGAUAAUAUUACGCCGAGUGGUCUCCCAGCGCUGCUGGACGUAAUAUCAUGCGAUGCGGCGUUAGUGCGCCUCAAGCAUAGCCUCGGAGACGGCGCGUGCGCCGAGGUGCAGGAGUUCAUUCCUGACUUGCUGAGCCUGCUGGAGACCGUGUUUGAGUGCUGUCGACUAAGCGCCGACCUCGAAAUAGAAGGACUGAUGGAAAACACCAACAGCCCAGCGAAGGCGGCCGUCCGCCGCGCCCGCAUGAUGGUCAGCGGGACCAACAUGCCGGUCAUCCUGGCGUCCAACACGCUGGGCUGCUGGCUCAGCAUGCAGCUGCCCACCGCCGCGGCUGCCGCGCUCGAGCGGCUCUGCGUGCCUCCGCCGAUGGCCGCACUCAACAUGGACCAAUACCAAUCCCACAUCAUACCGCUAGAGAGCGCGGUUCUAGCCUUGGUCGCCUAUCACAUCGAGCUCAUCAGCGCCAACAAGAAGUACUCCAUAGGGAUGUCUCUGAUGACGCUCGCGUUCUCCGCCGCUAAACUUCUAGAGAUCGUUGCUCCGAAGAUAGUCGAGAACCCUACAUCGAUGAAGAGGACGCUGGAUCUCGUGGUACCCGCUUUGACGGACGGCCGCCUCCAAUUCAUGUCUCCCGAGCCACUCGGAGCCACUCUGAACAUUCUAAUACCCUUGGAAACAAAAGCCGUGCAGCUCAUACACGAGCAUAUACUGAAGACGACGUAUCCCGUGCUCGUCGAUCACUUGCAGUGGUCUACUGAGAAAACGCUGCGGCACAUGGUUAACUACUGGGAGAAAGCCCUGACCAAGCCCGAAGGCCGGCAUGCGUACGAAACUGUGUUCGCUGACGAGUCCGAAUACGUCCUCGCGAAGGUUCUUCUGUCCGUGCCCAACGCGAGGGUCGCGUACGCAGAAAAAGUUAUUGAUUUAUUCAUAAAGAUCUUCGCUGGCUGCGAGAACAACGAAAUCAGCAGCUCCCUCUGCAUAUCAAUAUGCAAAUACAUCGGCGUUGCGGAUCAACAGAAGUUGGCCAGUCUGUUGUCUUACAUUUGUACGAUUACAAGCGCCAAGCGUUCACCAAACGCAUCCCCCACCGAAACCGAGCUGCCCACGCCAACGUCCACGGCGCCCGAAGGGGGCGCCCACGCGUCGCUGGCGCUCCGCAACGCGCUGCGCAACGUGUUCAGAACGGAGGGCGAGGCUCCUGCGCGGUCUGGAACCCUGGAGACGCCGGGGUCAUCCCAAGCGAAUAGAACUACGGAAGCAGAGGAAAGCUGGGUGGACAACCAAACGGACAAGACAGUAACCGUCGAAGAACCCGUUGUUCUGGACAAGAUGAUACUGCUCACAGAUGUCGCCAGCGACAACGCGGCCCUGCUCACGGCCAUAUGCAAGCACAUCGUGCAACACUGCGACGACCAAGUGAGCGAGCGCACGCUGGCUGCUUUAAUCACCGUGUGCGGCGAGAACGCAUGUGCGCCCCUCCUCAUGAAGGAGAUGUGCCGAUUGGCGGAUGCUCACUCCGGCGGCGACCACAAGCAGCUGUUCCCGGCGGCGCAGGGCUGGCUGACGACAUGUGUCAAUAACCUCAGCGCUCCAGAGGUCUUGGAGAAACUAGAAGAAGGACAAGUCGAUGACACUCUGGCGCCGCAGAUCGAGUCGGCCUGCGUGCUGCUCUCAUACAUUGCUGACGCGUUGCACGCCAUCAACAACUCACAACCGCCAAAUUGGCGGUCGGUCAGCCCGACAUGGGAGGCGCCGUACGACCUCGGCUUCGACCUGGACUACGCUGACGAACAGCAGGAUGAUGACGACACGAGCGCCGAUGAUUCCGACGAAGACGCCAUGCUUCAAUACAAACUCUGCACCUUCACGGUCACCCAACGCGAGUUCAUGAACCAGCAUUGGUACCACUGCCACACGUGCAAGAUGGUGGACGGCGUCGGUGUGUGUACCGUGUGUGCACGAGUAUGUCACCGCACACACGACGUGUCCUACGCCAAGUUCGGCAACUUCUUCUGCGACUGUGGCGCCAAGCCCGACUCCAGCUGCCAAGCCCUAGUCAAGCGUUCCGUGACGCUGGGAGGCGCUCGUUCGGGCGGCGAAGAAGCCCCACCUGCGCCGUCCUACCGCCGCCGCCCCUCCAGCCCCGUACCGCCCGCGUUACUCGCGCCGCCGCGCCGGCCCGUCCUCGCGGCCAACAUACAAGGUUGCCGCCAAUACCUAGCCUCGUACUCAGGCUGGGGCGCGUGCAUGGACAAGGUCCGCAAGCUCCUCGACGUGUUGUCCGGGCCGGUGCGUGCCGCGUGCGAGCGCGGCGCCGCUGUGGGCGCGCACGGACGCGCUCAGCGCGCGCUAGCCCAGCUGCACCUGGGCGAGAAGAGAUUUGUGCAUACUGACAAUCUUAUGGUGCCGACACUGGGUUCUCAAGAGGGUGCGUUCGAAAACGUCCGCAUGUCGUACACCGGCGAGAACGGCCAGACGAUCCGCCAGCUGAUGUCCAACCACAAGCUGCGCCGGGUCGCGAUGUGCUGCUUGGCGUCGCCGCAGGGCCGCCGGCAGCACCUCGCCGUGUCGCACGAGAAAGGAAAAAUCACCGUGCUCCAGCUAUCCGCCCUGCUCAAACAGGCGGACUCGUCCAAACACAAGCUGACUCUCACUCGGCUUUCAUCAGCCCCCAUACCGUUCACCGUGCUCACGCUGAGCGGGAACCCGUGGAACGAAGACUUACUCGCCGUGUGCGGCAUAAAGGAGUGUCACGUACUGACGUUUAACAGUGGAGGCACAGUGGCAGACCACCUAGUCAUCAACACCGGCCUGGAAGCCAACAACUACAUAAUCAAGGCGCUCUGGCUGCCCGGCUCGCAGACGCAGCUCGCGCUGGUGACGUCGGACUUCGUCAAGAUAUUUGAUCUCAGCAAGGACCUUAGCAACCCUGUGCAUCACUUCCUGGUGCCUAGUGGCAAGGUCCGAGACGUGACGUUCGUGAACCAAGAAGGCGUGAUGCACAUGAUAUGCAUGAGCUCAGCCGGCCACAUGUACUGGCAACCGACCAGCGAGGAGUCCCGCGCUUCUCUUGGCACAUUCUACAUUACAAACACGCUGGAGGUUCUGCAUCCGGAGAUACAGGACGUGGCCGGCAUGGUCGGCGGCGGCGGAGUCUCCGUGUACUACUCGCACACGCUCAAAAUGCUGUUCUUCUCGUAUGCUCACGGCAGGAGCUACCUCGCGCCGUUGAGCACUGUCGAAGACAGCGUCAAAGGCACUGCAUUGAUCCCGCAAUCCCUAACCACGCCGCCCAAAGAAGGCGGUCGCGGGGGCGGCAAGCAGGGCGGUGUCCAAGCCCUCUGCCAAUGGGCCGAGGUCCCCGGACAUCCAGGCCUGGUCACAGCUGUGCUGCAGGCUUCUAACAACCCUGUGGUGCUCAUGCUCACGCCUUACAACAUCUUCGUUCAGGAGAUCAAGGUCAUCCCAGCCAAAGCCAAGAUCACAGACAUGGUGGCCGUCCGCCACUGGUGCGGCGGUGGCGGGGAGCAAAAGAGCACCCUCAUCCUCCUCUGCGAGGACGGCAGCCUGAGGAUGUACGCAGCCAGCCCCGAGCACACGGGCUUCUGGCUGUCGCCUACGAUACAGCCGACGCAUGCGCCGAGGCGGAGGCCGAGAGCGCUCACACAUUCUAAGGGGAAGGCUCAACAGGCGGCCUCAUCAAAGGCCAACACCAACGGCUCCCCGCAGUUCCCCAUCGAUUUCUUCGAGCACUGCGUCGCCAUGGCCGACGUCGAGUUCGGAGGCAAGGACCUCCUGCAGGUCUACAAUACCGCUCAGAUCAAGCACAGGCUCAACACAACCGGACUGUACGUGGUAUCCACCAAAAUGACUGGGUUCUCCAUUGAAGUGAUAAACUCUGAUCCGAACAUGGUCAUCUGCGGUAUAAGAGUUUUGCUCGGCAGUCAAGAUGUUGCCAGGACACCCACUUAUAUCGAGGUCCUCGGUCGUACAAUUCCAACCGUCGUCCUCCGCAACCGCUGGUUUGACAUACCUCUCACACGCGAAGAGUCCCUCCAGUCCGACAAGAAGGUCAUCAUCAACUUCGGACCCUCGCAAGACCCCGACGGCAUCUCCAUGGUGGACUCCGUCAAGGUGUACGGGAAGAAUAAGGAGCAGUUCGGGUGGCCUGAGGAAAAUGAGGACCCGUCGUCGUGUCCGUCUUCCAGUAAGACAACACAGGAAGCCGAAGGCUCCGCCGGCGCAUGGAAGCCCAGCUCCCUGGAGCGGCUGGCGUGCGCCGCGCUGGAGGCGCUGGAGCUGGGCGCCGGCGCGCCCUUGUCGGCGCUGGCCGCCGCCGGCGCGGAGGGCGGCGCCGAGGCGGCGCGCAAGCUGCUGUGCGCGCCCGCCAGCGCGCACCUGCACGCCCGGGCGCAGUGCCUGCUGCGCGCCGUGCACCACCAGCACUACCACCAGUACAAGGACCAAGCAAUCCUGAACUACGUAUGCUCAUCACUACGAGAACUGCGCGCGACCUGCGACCCUCGCAACAUCGACCCCGAAGCGUUCUUCCGUCUCGUUCUACUAGCGAGAGGGGUAGCUGUCGCUCGGCCCGCGCAUCUUGUCAAAUACAGCGCUCCUACACCGCAGCGGCCGGCUGACGGCGACUGGUCAGCCCUCUGGAAGGAGUCCGACGCCAGCAAGGACCCUCACGUCAUAGCUCUGCUGGCCAGCGUGCUGUGGCGGCUGGCGGCGUGCCGCAGCGCCGCGGGCGGCCCGCCCGGCGUGCUGAGCUACGGGCUGCGGCACGUGGAGCACACGCUGCACGCGCUCGCGGACAUCGUGCACGCGUUCCAGCUGCACGCGGAUCCGUGCUGCGUUGAUUUCGGCAACCAAAUCUACCUGUCUCUCCUGUUAGCUGAAGACCAGAGCAUCAGCUUUGGCACGAAGGCGGCCAUCAUGAGGGUCCUCCGCCCUAAAGUCAAGAGACGACGCGUAUACAUACCCUCACCACCUAACACUCCGGGAGUCGGCCCAUCGACCUCAACAGUAGCGAACGUUGCCCACGCCUCCUCCACCGUGGUGGAGGCCAUAGUGUCCGCCGUGGAGAUGUCCCAAGCUGAACACGAGCAGAACCAAUACAUGGACGUGGACGACUCGCUGGAGCCGAUGGUGCUGCUGGCGCCUGAUGGAGGCCUAGACGCGCUCCUGGACAUCCCGCCCGACGCCGACGACGAGACCAUGGUGGAGCUGGCCAUAGCGCUCUCGCUGCAGGAACAGCCGCGUCGCGCGCCCCCCGCGCCCUCCGCCCCUCCGCCGCCCGCGCCGGGCUUCAGCGACGCCACCGCCUCCCCGCCGGGAUCCGACGACGAAGGCAGCACCGCGGCCACCGACGGCAGCACGCUCCGCACCUCGCCCGCCGAGCCGCCCGGCUCCGCGGGCUCCGAGAGCGGCGGCUCCGGCGCCGACAGCAUUGGUGGCGUGUCCGGUCGGAGCAGCGCUUAUGGGGACGUAGUGUCCACGCCUUCAGCGGGCGCGGUCGCGUCGACAAACGUCAUCGUGGCCACUUCUAUAACAGCCGGCGCCUCGACCUCCCUGUCUCAACCCGGCGCGUCCACAUCGCGCACAGCGGAACUAGAGACCGAGACGCGCAAAUUGCACGCGCUGCGGCUGUCUCUACUCUCCGCCGCUCUGGACGCGCUGCCGACGCUGCGCUCGCUGCCCGGCGUGCGCGCCAUACCCUUCGUGCAGGUUGUCCUAAUGCUGGCCGGCGACCUGGAUUCCACCGUGGAAGCGGACCGCGCCGUCCUCGAGCGCCUCCUGGACCUGCUCGUGUCGGAGCUGGACAUGGGCACCGAGGAGGACGCGCCCGCCAUGACACCCGCCGUCCACGAGCGCACCAACCGCCGCGAGCUACAGCUGGUGGUGAUGCGGCUGCUCAGUGUACUAAUGGCCCGCUGUAAGUCCACCUCGUCCGGCAGCACAACAGCGCGCGAGGGCUCCGGCGCCGCCUGCGCCGCGCACGUGUCCCGCCUCGCCGCCGCCGCGCUCAUACGCGCCGGGGCGCCGCUGCACUGCUACAGAGUGCUUGCUGCCUUAUUACCGUACUGGAAGGACAAGACUGCUAACGCUGGUACAACGACGCCUACAGCGCAGCUCCUGAAGCCGCAGGCGCCGCACCCGCUGCCCGACAUGCAACCUUUCUUCGUUAAGGAAUACGUUAAGAGCCACGCCCUGGACGUGUUCGACAACUACCCACAACUACUGAUGGAGAUGGCGCUCCGCCUGCCGUGCCAGAUCCACAAGCACUGCGAGCCCGUGCACUUCGACUCGCGCUGGCGCACGCUGCUCUGCGAGUACAUGAUGAACCAGCAGACCCCGCUCAGGAAACAAGUCCGCAAGCUUCUCCUCUUGCUUUGCGGUACUCGCGAUCGCUACCGCCACACGCGCGAUGUCCACGCGCUCGAUACUCAUCUAAACGCCGCCAAAGCGCUGCUGCAGACCGACCCAGCCUACGACAGGCUCGUGCAACUCAUGGACCAUUUGAAGGCGUGUGCAGAAAUAGUGAGCGCCCGCACGGGCAACUGGCAGCACACGUGCGCCACGGAGCGUAGAGAGGCGCUCGCGUGGCUGGUGCGCUGCGCGCGGCGCGUGCACCCGCACGUGGCGCCCACCGUGCUGCAGCUGCUGCAGGCCGCGCUCACCGACACCAAGUCGGACAAGACCCCGUCAGCAUCAGGAUCGACUUCCGAGUGGCAGGAGCGCGAGCGCAGCGCGGACAGCGACGCGUUUGUCUCUGACGGCUCCAAGUUCCAGGAGCAUCGCGUGCCGGUCCUCGUCCAGCAGAUACUCAAACAGGUGUCACAGGAAGAAUUGAAGAUGUUUGUGAAGGCUUUCCUAUUGGAGACCAACUCCACGGCCGUGCGGUGGCAGGCGCACGCUUUGCUACUGGCCAUCUACAACAACUCGCCGCCAGCCGAGCAAGCAUCGCUAGUGUCUCUGCUCUGGGGCAUUUAUAUGGGCAUGCAUUUCUAUACACUACCCCAAUAUGGGCGCAAGGCGGCUCAGUUCGUUGACCUCUUGGGAUACUUCACGCUCAAGACCACGGACAUCGAUACUGAGACAUACGUCUGCAGCGCGGUAGACCUGCUCCGCAGCCAGAACCAGCUCCUGUCCAUGCACGGCAACGCGUCCCUAUACGCCGCUCUCGGCGCCUACGUGGAGCUAGACGGCUACUACCUGGAGUCCGAGCCGUGUCUGGUCUGCAACAACCCCGAGGUGCCCAUGGCGACCAUCAAGCUGCCCACCAUCAAGAUCGAUUCGAAAUUCACAACAACCACCCAAAUAGUGAAGCUAGUGAACAGCCAUAUGAUCAGCCGCAUCAGCUUGCGCAUCGGUGACAUCAAGCGCAGCAAGAUGGUGCGCAGCAUCAACUUCUAUUACAACAACCGCACCGUGCAGGCGGUGCAGGAGCUCAAGAACAAGCCUGGCAUGUGGCACAAGGCGAAGCGUGUGCAGCUGCAGUCUGGCCAAUCAGAGGUCCGCGUCGACUUCCCGCUGCCGAUCGUCGCAUGCAACCUCAUGAUGGAGUACGCCGACUUCUAUGAGAACCAGCAGGCUACAGGAGAAUCGUUACAAUGCCCUCGUUGCUCGCAAUCCGUGCCGGCCAACCCAGGCGUCUGCGCCAACUGCGGCGAGAACGUGUUCCAGUGCCACAAGUGUCGCGCUAUAAACUACGACGAGAAAGACCCGUUCCUCUGCCACGCCUGCGGAUUCUGCAAAUACGCCAAAUUCGACUACACACUCACCGCGCGGCCAUGCUGCGCCGUCGACAACAUCGAGAACGACGAGGAGCGCAAGAAGAUGGUGCAGACCAUCGGCGCGCUGCUGGACAAGGCCGACCGCGUGUACCGCCAGCUGGUGGCCAACAAACCCGUGCUCGAGUCCCUCGUGCACAAGAUAAGCGAGCACCGGCUGGAAGGGCGCCCCGGCGACGAGAACAGCAACGCGUCCACCACCUCCUUCGGCGGCGCGCAGAUCAACCGCGUGAUCCAAUCCCUCGCGCACAAGUACUGCGUCGACAGCAAGGGCCACUUCGAGGACCUGUCCAAGAUCAUACAGAAGGUGUUGGCUUGCAGGAAAGAACUAGUCGCCUACGAUAGAUCUCAAAGCGAACAGCUGAAGGGAGACACGCUACCAGUAUACGCUGGGCUGGUGCAAAACUAUGAUGGAGAACUUACCAAAGGUUGGGGGAUUCGCACACCCACGGCUACAUCUUUGAAUUACUUCGCAGAUGACGCGGAUCCAAGCGGGUCUCCUAACAAUAUAUGUAUAAAAUCAGGCGGCGGCUGCUACGGCUGCUCCCUGGCCUGCGCCGAGCACUGCCUGACGCUGCUGCGCGCGCUCGCCUCGCAGCCCGAGCACCGCGCGCGCCUCUGCCGCUUCGGGCUCGUGCAGGAGCUGGUGCAGCACAACCUGCACCGCGGCACUCCGCAGUGCCAAGAGGAAGUGCGCUCGCUGAUCUGCCUGGUGACCCGCGACAACCUGCCGGCCACAGAGUCGCUCUGCAGCCUGCUGUCGCAGCGGAUCACGCUCUCGCUCAUGGGGCACGCCGCUUCGCAGGACCUCAACAACUCGGUCCGACCUCUAGUGCUGCUCCUAGGCUCCCUAGUGAAGGUCCAAGACGGCGUGGAAUGCUGGGAGGUCCGGCUGCGCUGCGUGGUCCGCCUGUGGGUGUGGUGCUGCCCGCAGCUCACCGAGGUGGCCGGGCUGCCGUCCGCCGCCAGCGUGAUCCUCAAGCCGGAGGCCCUAGCCGGCAUACCGGGCAUCAACACGUCGUCACCCAACUCGCAUCAAUUCGCCCUGCAGCAAGUCGCGCUCCCAUGUUUACGCUACAUGCAGCAGCUGAUGGCGCCCGUGCCGCCCGUCGUGUCCGCCAACGGCCACGCCGAUCCCAAGGAGGCCAAGCCGGAGACCGCUGCGGUGUCGUCGUCGGCCGCGCCGGGCGCCCUCGCCGCGUCGACCGGCAGCGUGGUGGUGGACCUGGCGGGCUGGCUGGCCGGCGACGUGACGCACAAGGACUGGCAGCGGCUGGUGGCGCCGCCCGCCGAGAGCGUGCAGGGCCCGCCGCGCGUCGCCUACAUCGCGCACAAGUACGUGGCGCGCUGGAGGGAGAAGAUGUUGCUCUCGCACGGCAUGCGCCCGCUGGCGCUCGAGGACGGCGGCUGGCUGCGGCCCGUCAUGUUCGAGCCGAGCUCGCGCAUCGCGCGCGACACGGCCUGCCAGAUGGUCAAGUCGCUGUGCGACUCGUACGAGCGCAGCAAGGCUGUACUGAUCCUGUUAACCAGCUUCCUGCCAGAAGUCGGCGCCGCUGGCGAGGCCAGUGAACAGUUCCUUCAACUGUACCAAAGUCUCGCAUCCGAAGCGCCGUGGAAGCAGUUCCUGGCGCUGCGCGGCGUGCUGCAGCAGAUCGCGGACCUUAUGACCAAGGAGAUCGACCAGCUACAUCGGCUGGAGGAAACCACACUCACAUCUGACUUGGCUCAAGGUUACGCGCUAAAGCGGCUGACCGAGCUCCUAGCGAUGUUCCUCGAGGAGCCCGGAGCGCGGCGCACGUACAAGGGGCGGCUGGUGGGCGCCGUGCUCGGCGGCUACCUGUCGCUGCGGCGGCUCGUCGUGCAGCGCACGAGGCUCACCGACGACACGCAGGAGAAGCUGCUCGAGCUGCUGGAGGAGAUGACCACGGGCACAGAGACUGAAACUGCGGAGUUCAUGGCGGUCUGCAUAGAGACCGUACAAAAAUACCCUCUGCAUGACUACCGCACGCCCGUCUUCAUCUUCGAGAGGCUCUGCUCCAUCAUCUACCCUGAGGAGAACGACGUCGGCGAGUUUUUCCUCACGCUGGAGAAGGAUCCGCAACAAGAAGACUUCUUACAGGGCCGGAUGUUAGGCAACCCGUAUUCCUGCCUCGAGCCCGGCAUGGGCCCGCUCAUGCGAGACGUGAAGAACAAGAUCUGCACUGACUGCGAGCUGGUGGCGCUGCUGGAAGACGAUAACGGCAUGGAGUUACUUGUGUGUAACAAGAUCAUGUCGCUCGACCUGCCUGUCAAGGAGGUCUACAAGAAGGUUUGGUGCACGUCGGGCGAGGGAGUCGACGCGAUGCGUGUCGUGUACAGAAUGCGAGGCCUGCUCGGCGACGCUACGGAAGAAUUCGUCGAGACGCUCUCCCAGACUAACGCCGAGACGGUUGACGAUGAACAGGUCUACAGGAUGGCGAACGUGCUCGCUGACUGCGGCGGCCUAGAAGUGAUGCUGCAACGCCUCGCAGCCAUUCAGCGAGUCGGCGCCGCGCGUUCCCUCUGCUCGACCCUCCUCCGACUGCUCGGCUUGUGCGCGCGCGUCAGGCGCUGCGUGCGCGUGCUGACCCGAGCGAGCACGCGCGCGCUGCCCGUGCUCCUGCACGCGUUGCAGUUGGCCGCUGAUGAGGAGAAGGACUUGCCGCGCGCGUUGCUGGUCUACCAGCUGUUGGAGAUAAUGGAGCGUAUUCUAUCUGUGGCGGCCAGCGAGAGCCUGGAGUCUUUCCUGCAGUUCUCGCUGACUUUCGGUGGACCGGAGUACGUCCAGGCGCUGCUCAAUUGCACGGACAAUCCAGGAAUCCGCAGCAAUUCCGUAGCGCUCGGCCACCUAACGCGAGUACUCGCCGCUCUCGUCUACGGCAACGACCUCAAGAUGGCGAUGCUCGUCGAACACUUCAAGUCGGUCUUCAACUUCGACAAACUGGACGCCGAGCAGCUGACUGAGGAGCAGUUCCGUAUGGAACUGUUCUGCGUGCUCUGCGCUAAUAUCGAGAGGAACUCCAUCGGCGGAACGCUUAAGGACUAUCUGAUAUCGCUGGGGGUUGUGAGGGACGCUUUGGAGUACAUUGUGACAAACGCACCGUGCGUGAAACCGACACUAGUUUGCAAUGACUCGGACGAGCUGAAGGAGUUCAUUAGUCGUCCUGCGCUCAGAUACAUCCUGCGGUUCCUCACUGGCCUGGCCGCCGACCACGAGCCUACCCAGAUGCUAGUAUGCGAGAAGGUGAUCCCGAUAGUCCACCGGCUGGAGCAAGUGUCGUCCGGCGAGCACGUCGGCUCGCUCGCCGAGAACCUGCUCGAGGCGCUCAAGUCCCAGCCUCAGUGCGCCGCCAAGGUGCAGGAGGCGCGCGAGUUCACCCGCCAGGAGAAGAAGCGUCUCGCGAUGGCGGUCCGCGAGCGGCAGCUGGGCGCGCUGGGGAUGCGCAGCAACGAGCGCGGGCAGGUGACCGCGCAGUGCUCGCUGACGCAGCAGGUCGCCGACCUGGCCGAGGAGGCGGGCGCCGUGUGCUGCAUCUGCCGCGAGGGCUACAAGUACCAGCCCACCAAGGUGUUGGGCAUCUACACGUUCACGAAACGCUGUCCGGUGGAAGAGUUCGAGGUGCGCGCGCGCAAGACGCUGGGCUACACGACCGUGUCGCACUACAACAUCGUGCACGUGGAGUGCCACAUGGCGGCCGUGCGCCUCGCCCGCGCCAGGGAUGAGUGGGAGAGUGCGGCGCUGCAGAACGCGUCGACGCGCUGCAACGGACUGCUGCCUCUGUGGGGGCCGCACGUGCCCGAGUCCGCCUUCGCCAGCUGCCUCGCGAGGCACACCACGUAUCUUCAGGAGUGCACCGGGCACCGGGACAUCAGCCACACCUGCACCAUCCACGACCUGAAGCUGCUGCUGUGGCGGUUCGCGCGCGGGCGCACCUUCCACGACGACACCGGCGGCGGCGGCCCGCUGUCCAACAUGCAGCUCGUGCCCGCGCUGCUGCACAUGGCCCUCUACGUCGUCAACACGUCGCGACUGGUGGCCCGCGAGGUGGCCGCGCUGGAGACGUCGCUGGCGUGGGCGGCGGCGCGCCUGCUGUCCUCGGCGCACGACGCCGACGGCCCGCUCUACUACGCCACGCAGAUGCUGCUCGUGUACCCGCUCGUCAAAUGGAAAGCCCACAAGAUCGACACCCUGAAACGCCUGCUAGUGAUCGGGCACGUCCGCGCCAUCGCGCCCGGCGGGCCCGCGCUCCGCGCCAUAGCGUUCAAGCACCGCGCGCCGCGCCCCUGGGCCGACUACAAGCCCUACGCGCUCUUCAUGGCGCUCAUCGACCAGCUCUACACCAUCAUGUUCAAGUCCGUGAACGCCACAACCAUCGACCAGUGGUCCAUCAAACUGGCCGAGUAUAUCCGAAACAACGACGAAGCGAACGCCAAAGCUGCCGAGCGCAUCGUCACCACGUUCACCGACGAGCUCCUCCCGUGCGCCUCCUUCGCGGAGUUCUGCGACGCCGCCGGCCUGCUCGGCGACAUACCGGACCCGGACGCCUGGCUGCAGGCCCUCAUCAACGAGCAACCCUGAUUCAGGGCGCUACAGGCAGUUCUGGAUAGGGCCGGGACGUCCCAUUGAACGCCUGUAUGCAAAAAGACGUGGUGUAGUAGAAAUACAACCUUAAAAAAAAUUACAUUGAAAAUGCUCUCGCAUUUAUGAAAUCUCAAUGUAUCUAAGUUUCAAUUAUAGUGAUGAUUUUUUUCAGCUGUAUAUUUUUCUCUAAAUUACGUUUAAUAAUGGUCAAAUCGCGGACCCUUCGAGUGUAGACGUUUAUACGGGUCGAUUAAAUAAACUGACGAAUAUUCAUAAUAAUACGUCAAUAACUUGAAAAUAAUUAUAUGACUAGUCAAUGUGUUUCUUUAAGUCCAGUCUCAACUGUAAUUUGAUGGUCAGUAUUCAUUUGUACUGAUAUUAGAACUGUCAUCUGCACCUAACUUUAAAGGUGAAACUAUUUUGUAGUAGCAUGUUGGCAGUCUCUGUGUCUUUGAUGUAAUGGGAUAUACCCAGGCCGUGUUACAGUCCCGGCCUCAAUUAGCAGUGUUGUACACAUCUUCAAUAUGCAGUUGCGAAGUUAGCGUUGAUGUUUCUAAUAUGAAUUAAAUCUAUUUAUAAUAUCUUACCGCUUGAAAUUAAAUUAAUUUAUAUUGUAUUUGAAGCUUUAGGCCGAAUACUUCUGCUCUAAUAAAGAUUUUGCUUUUA